GCGCCAGCAGUCAGAUAGAGAGCUGCGCACAGGAGAUAAUGGCGAGUGCUGCUUUUGCUUGUUAAGAGAGGAGCGGCAUGUUUUCCUUGUGGAGCUGUAGGGGUUCCGAAAAGGUGGUGGCUAGCAGGGGCUCCCCUUAUUAUUAACAAUUGAUAAUAGCAGUUAUUAAGUGUCCCCUUAUUAAGCUAUUAUCAGGAGCUUCCUGUAGCCUUGAGUUUUGGCGGCCGUUGCUGGGGGAGCCGGAGGAGUCCCCACUGGAGAAGGGGCAUAGUAUUGAGAGGAAGUGUACUCAAGAGUGGUCUUGGGAUGCUAAGUUAAGAGACCCAGGCCGUGGUCCUCCUCAAGCUGCCUGGUAGUUGCUGUGUGCAGCAUGGUGUGUAUGUGUACCAUCCAAACCUGGGCACCCAAAGUGUAAGCUGCUGGAAUACAGAAACGCUUUCUGGAUCAUCAUGACUUGCUCCCACAAUGUGGUUUUCCUGUUGGACACUGCCAGCUCUGUGCAGAAGAUUCAUCUUCAUCUGGCCACCUUGAGGAUCUUGAACUAUUUGGGAUGCAAGUUUGGCCUAACUAAGAUCCGAUGGGGCUUCAAAUUCUUUGACUCCUUAGGUGUCCAGGGCAGAACUUCACGAGUGGGCAAUUUUCGUGAGCUUGGAUCCCGCAGUUGGGAAGACUUCGAGGAAGAGCUGGAGGCGAGAUUUGGAAACCUAGGCGGCAGUCCAAACUCAUCUGGCUCAGUGCCUCGAGCCACCCUCACUCGGAACAUACUGAAAGAAUCAUUACUUGACUACCAAUGGGACCGUCCUGAAAUUGCCUCUCCAGCCAAACCGGUGUUGAGGAGCCAGAAAAGCAAGUUAACUGUGACCCCUGACAAGCCUCUUGGCAGUUCUACUCCUUCUGCAGGCUUUGUGAAUGCCAUUUUCCUCUUCUCUCCCUGUCCUCAUUCCCAGAGGGAGCUGCUACAGUUUGUUUCUGGAAUGCAUGCUCAUUCAUCUGAUGAACUGCCUGCUUCACAUGAUCUGACAGAAAAGUUCCUUCCGAAGGGAAUCAGGGAAAUGAUGGCUUCUCAGAAAAUCACAUUGUAUUGGGUGGACACUGCUGAACAGUUCAAGCUUCUUGAAACUUCAGACCACAUUGGCUACUGGAUGUUGGUUGACCUGAUGCGCCUCUCGGGGGGCACCAUCUUGCCAUCUGAUACAUUAAUUCAGUGUUUAAAUCACCACCGAACAAGGGGCACCCCUGCUUUUCCUGUGGAGUCUGGAGCCUCCGGGCCACCGUUCACACCAUGGGCUGCAAUCUUGCCUUUUGAUUCAACUUUGAACUGUCUGUUUUCCUCGCCUUCUGCACUACAAGUAUCCUUCCCUCGUCUGGAAGGAGUGUUGUUCCUCAGAUCUGAUGGAGUCAAAGAGGCACAGAGCUGUGGCGUGAUGUUGGAACCUCUAACUGUGGGCCAGAGGCACUUCAGAAGUCCAGUCAAUAUUUCUCUUAAGUGUGCUAUGACAGGCUGGAAUGCAGUGCAUGUUGGGAGUUUCCACACAGAGAGCUGGGUACUGCAGAGUCCAUCAUCGGGACUGUCAGUCCAAGAGACUUCUUUGUUUCAGCAGUUUGUAAAAUGCAUUCUGGCACAAGGACUACAUAUGGUUGCUGAAGUGUGUCCAUCUGGGGCCUGUUCUCCCUAUACUGGGAUUUUCACUCCCAUCUCGGAUACUGCCGCAGUUCUUUCUCUUCUCUGUGCUGAGAGAGCUCCUGAAGUCGAGAGAUCACUCCUUCCAACUGUCAUGGAAGGGAAUCUUUCCAAAGAUGAGGAUUUCAACCUUCCAGAGGUUGUGAGCAGCGUGGUAAAUCAAGUUGAUGGUGACUGGGAUCUGGCAAGUCCUGAGACCCUGUUUCCAGAGUGGGCCCAACAGGAGCUGACCUGCACACAGUCCUGGAGUCCUGCAGUGAUUGAAGACUGGUAUUGUUUAUCAAACCUCUGUGGAGCAAGUUCUCGCUUGAUGGAGUCACUCAGGUUGCUGCAGGCAGGGUCUGCUACUGAGAAGGAGGCCCCAAAGCCUGAAAGGGAACUGACACGCUGUCUGUCUAAACUAUACCAGAAGAAAGCCUCUGACCUCUCUGCUACAUCUCAACAGCAGGAUCACAGGAAGAGACGUGGAGUUCCCCGUACUCCAGUUAGGCAAAAAAUGAAGACCAUGCCUCGUUCCCUUCAGAUGUUAAACACUGCAAGGCUGAACGUAAAGGCUCAAAAGUUCCAGCCAGAUGGGGAGCUGUUGCUCAGUGAGAGAGUUUCCCAAAAGCUAUUACUGAGAAGAUUGGAUGAUAAAGUGGAAGAAAGGGGAGAAAUGAGGAAACCCAAGAUAGGCUUUAGGACUGAGGAGGAGAUGCUUUCUUUUAUAUGUACAAACUACCAGAAGGCUGUGAUUGAUGGACAGAAUUUGUUUGCAUGUGCCCAGGAUACGGUGACAGCUGUUAAUACAUUGCAGAAAUCAAAUGAGGCAGCCUGCGUGGACACAAUCCGAAGCAGUCUCCUGAAAACCAGCAAAGCCCUCCGUCAGCAGCUUGGCAACCAUCCUGAUAAGGAGAUCAAUGUCAGAGAGUGCCAGCUUCAGGUAUAUUUGCGUCUUGAAAUGUGCUUGCAGUGCCCUUCUUUACAAAGCAACACAGACAGGAUGGAACAGCUUGUGGAAGAGAUGACGGAGAUGCUUCGAAUUUUGUGCUUGACUAAAGAUCCAGGAUACCUUGCCAGGUUUUUGGAAGAAGUUGUAGAAACGUAUCUGGAAUCUAUGCCAAAGACCCUUGGGGAUUUAUACUACAGUCUGGGGACACAGAUUCCCCCAAAGCUGGCCUCUGUCUUGCCAGCAGACUUCUUCAGUGAUGAUUCCAUCAGUCAGGAGAGCCAAACCACAUCCCUUCCUGCUUCUGCGUCCUCAGUUCCAGUUCCCAGAACAGCUUCCUUAAGCACUGAUGCAGAACAACUGGAAGAACUACGCACCAGAUCUGCCAAGAAAAGAAAGAAUAUGUUGGCCAGACACCGAAGUGUAACGGAAGCAUCACAGAAUGUACGCCAAAUAGAGAUUCCUCAAGUGCCCAAACACCAUACUAGGAAGGACAACUCGCGUGCAUGCCUCGAUGUGAGAUCAGCACCAGCUGUACAGAAAAUGACAGUUCAAGAAACGACAAAGGUGCGAAGGAACCUCUUCAAUGAAGGCAAAAGAUCCCUAACAAAGAUUCCUCGAAGCCAGUCGGUAUCAGUUUUGGAAGGUUUGAAAAACACACAGAACCGAGUUAAUGAGUGCACUAGAGACAAUCUCAAGCUACUGACCAAGAGUGUUGCAGAAACACCGUUGCACAAGCAGAUCUCCAGGAGGCUGCUCCACAAGCAGAUCAAAGGCCGGAGUUCAAAUCCCGAAUCUGAAGUUGACAUCGUAGAAGAAUCUCCUGAAAAAACCUUAAACUGUGGCUUAAGAAGAAGUCCACGGAUCAAGCAACUGUUACAGGAUAGAAUGCUCUCUGGUCCCUUCCACUGCUUGCCACCUAAUAAGAAUGUACAGCAAGUGCAGUCUGUACAUCUAGAAGUACCAGGCUUGGCGACUCCUGUGAAAAAAGCUAUUCAGUCCCCUAAGAGCCUUCUCUUUGGAGCUGUUCAUGAUGUGCUCAGUUCUGCAGGGAGGGACUCGCCCAGAACAAGAAGGAAAUCUGUCGCCUCCAGCGAGCUUGUUCAUCAGACACCAAGAAAAACAUCCCUUCGGUCUUCCCAGAGGCUCUUUAGUCCUCCCCAUAAUACACCAGCGAGAUCUCCUUGGGAGAAGAUCCAGCACACUCCUCGGAAAACCCCAGCUCCAAAGCACACUGCAGCAAAGAGUUUGGAAAAUCUCUUCUCCCCUCGUAGACAGAAGAGCAAGUCCUUGCCUGAACCCUCUGAAAAGAAAGGGGAUUGUUUGGCACAGACAGCUCUGCUGAAGGAAAGAUUUUCUUCCCCUUACAAGCCAGCACAGUUACAAACUGAAAGAAAACAGGAAAGAGAUGAGGUUCUUGAUGAUGUAUUUGUUUCGCCCGCAAGUGGCUCCAAUUCAGCAGAUGUUCUGGUUGUGACAUGUCCUCCAUCCCCAGGAAAGGCACUCUCAGAGCUACAGUCCCCAAGGCGUUCCUUGAGAGUCGCCCAGAAAAUUGCCUCUCCAGCUUCUACUCAGAAACAGACUCUUGAGGCAAAACAAGUAACAGAUCCAGAGUCACAUUUACCGUUGGAAUUGAACUCCAUGCUGUCAGAAGUAAGACCCACAAUAUUCCAAGGUGAACUCUCAGAAGAGUCUUUGAGUCCAAAGAAUGCCAAAUGCACGGAAGCCUUUUCCCCGCAAGUUCAUUCAGCGUUGCUGCCUGCUGUUAGCUCACCACCUUGUAAUCCAUCCUUAAAUGCCAUAGCCGCAUGCACGCUGUCCCCUGCUGGGACUCGAGAACUGAAUGGGUCUCCUUUGAAACCUCAGAGUGUCACAAACAUCUCCCCAACCAAAGCCCCCCAAUCCCCUUCCUGCCCACCUGAAGAGCAUUGGAGCCGGUACAGAAAUGAGGAGGAGCAUCACUGCAGUACCAUCUCUAGUCUUUUUGCUAAAACCAACCCAUUCUGCAAAGCUGAGAUUACAGAGAACAAAUCCUUGGUGCGGAGACAGGCACACAGAGUGAUGACUCCAAGUAAGAGGAGUGUAGAAAGACACUUGCCUCCCGAGUUCUCCACUAAAGAUCAUGUGCUUUUUCCAGAUGCGAUAGUAGUAUGUGAGCGCCUGGAUCCUUAUUCUUUAAUCAGUGAGUCAGUCACAGGUAGUUCCCAGGAAGAACAAGGACCAGACUCAUUACAAGACAGAGUUUUACCAGGAGAAAAGGCAACAGGUUUGCAGCAUCUGCUCUUCCAGAGCCCUUCUAGGUGUGAUCAGGUCUCCUUGCCUGCAACCCCGAAGUCUGGCUCUUGUGCCUAUGCGUUGCGUCACACUCCAGACAGAAGGCAGCGGGAGGCUGCAGCACGGCUAGGGAAACCUGAAAAGAUGGCAACGUUCAGUGCACCUUGGACUGCUCAUGCACUGCCUUCAGCAACUAGUCCUCCAACCUAUGAGGUUGAGCUUGAGAUGCAAGCUUCUGGCCUGCCAAAGCUCCGAAUCAAAAGGGUUGGCUCUGGGCCAGCUUUGGAACCACAGCCUGGAAAACCCAAAAGCGUGGAAAGUGAUCCUGCAACGGGGGAUCUUUCCAUGUCCUGCUGCAGUAGGCACUCAGGGAAACCAGAAUCUGUGUCCAUCUCGCCAUCCUGUAAUCGCUCUGCCCAAAGUACCCCUGGGAAGUUAGGGAGUGGCGGGCAGACCUAUAUUUGCCAAUCAUACACUCCAACUCGCUGCAUCUCCUACACUGCUUCCCCACCUCAGGGCAAUGCUGGCAUUCGCUGGACACCUUCUCCAAAGAAUAAAGGAAAAGUGACCCCUGAAGCGAUCAAGGCCUGGCCACGGAGAAAAAGGGCCACUGCUGGCUGCAGCAAAAGCGAAAGGCACAUGGACUCUGCUGGGGAAACGCCAGCCUGUGACGCAGGUGGAACAAGAACUUCUGAAUGUCUCAGCGGCAGCAAAGCAUUGCUCUUGGGGGACUUUGAACUUGAAGGAGUUUAUAGGCUUCAAGACCAGUCGCCUUGCAGCGAUGCAGAGCCCAGUGGAGAUGAGAGCAUCUGCAGAGGGAUGUCUGGCCUAAAGUUCAGAAAAAGGCCCUUUGAUCACAUGUCUCCUGAGGAGGAAGGCAGCCAGGAAGUGAAGAAAAGGCACUGCCCAAAGAGAGAGAAUCCAGAUGUGGCAGUUUAUUCAGCAGAACUGCUGAGCACAGGAAAAGGGAUGGUGUCCUUAAACAAGACAAUCCUGGAGGAGGAAGAGGUCUUUUGUUUUUCAGGCUUGACUCCACCAAACUCUUCAGGAAAGUCCAUGAUCUCUUCUACUGGCCUUCUGGCACUGACACAGUCUCCACUGCUGUAUCAAGGCCACACCACAUCCCUGAGAAAAUGUCGCACAGGAGACACCACUGAUGCAUUUGGAUCUGUAAAUGAAGACUUAUCUCCGUUUCACAGUGCAGCCAUCAGACAGCAGUCUGUCAGGAGGACUUACUCAAGGAAAAGGUUGCUCAGUUGAACAUUGGAAAAAGAUGGUGAGGUUGCUUGGGAGCCAGAUGACAAAGCUGUUUUGGACAACUUUACAACCAAAACCAGGAUAAUAUUGCCAGCCACGACAGCUGCCUCGGAAAUUCCUGCAUUUUAAGCAGUGCUAGAACCGGCCAGAAGAGGGAGCAAGGUGGCACUGGGCAUGAGGAAAAGCUGCCUGUGUGCUCUCAUAGGGCUCCUCCCAAGGAUUUGGCCCUAAAGGAUAUAAAUUGAGAGCAGGUGAAAAUGACCACUUUUUAAAAGUUCUUUUGUAAAAUAAAUUAAUGUGAUCUGAUAAAUUG